AUGACAGACCAUGUUGAUGAUGCAACGCCAAAGAAGGACAUCUUUACCACGGGCGCCAGCCACAUGGCGUUGCUCCACAACUGCAUCAUCCGCGGAUUCAACUCGAUAUGGCUCCAGGCCCCGCAUAUAAAGGAGGCUGACAAGGCGGAUUUCAUCGGAUACUCGCUCACCUGGUUCAAGUUUGUCAAGUCGCACCACGACGAUGAGGAGGACAACCUCUUCAACAAGGUCGCCGACAUCCUCGGCGAUGAGGGGGUUUGGUCUCAGACUCAUGAGGAGCAUGAAUCCUUCCUAGGUGGUCUCGGCGAAUUCAACACCUACCUAACCUCCCUAAAGUCACCCUCUGACUUUUCCGGCGAGGAACUCCGCCGAAUCAUGGCCUCCUUCCACGAGCCCUUCGAGAACCACUUCCACAGCGAGAUUUCCACCAUCGCCGACAUGGCCGGCCACCCCAAAGCCCCUCAAGCCGGUUCCCCGAAGAGACGGCGGCGUCUGCAAUGUUCAAGGCAUCGCUCUGCCGAAGCCCCUCUUUGGGAGAACUGGCCCCCGAUGCCCAAUCCUAUCAAGUGGGGAAUGGUUAACAUUGCGGGAUCAUGGUACUCGAGUUGGUGGAAGUUUUCGAGCUGUGAUGCGAACCAGAGGCCGAAGGAGCUCUAUGCGCUCAAGGACGUCGAGGUCAAAUCUUAA